GUGCCAUGUGGCGAUAAGUUAGGUUGUCACUUUAGAUGUACCAGAACCAAUCCACAGCUUUAGUAUACAACAUGGGAGACCACAACGGCUUAGGCAGCCUGCCGCGUCAUGUCGAUCGCAAAGCCCUCUAUACAGAUCUUGAAGCUCGCGUUCGCUAUCUGCAACAGUUUAUUGGCUUCACUGCCGAUGAUGCUAUUGCACUAAAUAAAGGAGCCAAAUACAUCAAAGCACUAGCACCCACCCUUGUCGAUCGUGUAUACUCCAAGCUCCUGGAGGCAGAUAUUACAGCCCGUGUAUUCAAGACCCGCAGCACAACGUCGGAGGAGGAUCUUGACGAGUAUCCCGAGUUCAAAAGCCCCUAUAUACAAUGUCGCCGAAUGUUCCUCCGCUGGUACAUUACUCGAAUAUGUUCUGAUCCGACCAAGAUGGAAUUCUGGGCGUACCUCGACAAAGUCGGGCGUAUGCAUACGGGGAAAGACCGCAUGAUCUCCUUUGAUGUGGAAUACAUACACAUCGGCGCGUGUCUCGGGUAUAUUCAAGAUGUGCUCAUCGAAGGAGUCAUGGGGUGCGAGAAGAUGUCCCUCCCCUUUCGGGUUGCGCUGAUCCGUGCACUGGGGAAAGUGAUCUGGAUUCAGAAUGAUCUGUUUGCUCGAUGGCGAUGUAGGGACGGUGCCGAGUUUGAGGCGGAAGUUGAAGCGGUCCAUCGAGAUCAGAAACCGACAACGAACGCGACUAACGUCAAUGCGAAGACACGCGAUCAGCGGGAUGAGGAGACAAGCAGCGUACGGAGUAACUCAUCUUUUCGGGCAGAAUCUGCUAGCAUCUUCUCCGAUCGUCAGUCGACUGCACGCACAUCAAUCAGCAUUGGGACACCGCAGGUGGCCACGGAUUUUCCUGCUUGCCCGUUUUCAUCCGACUAUGCGCCGUCGUACGAAACAAAGGUUUGGUCUGAUACAGAGUCUGGUCGCUGCUCUCGGUGACUCGAGAAUAUAAUGGUAAGCAAGAAGAACAAUUCAUGGAGACCUACAUGUACGCACGCAAACUACUUUACAAUAGAAUGCCUCUACCACCGAAUUAUGUAUAUACCGAGCAGCAUAGCGUACAUAUCAUCGGUCUGUCCUUAUAAUGCUAUUUAAACGACGUAUUGCAAGAA